AUGUCAAGCGACCUCUCCGCACGCUCGUCGCCUUCCUCCUCCACCGCGUCGCCGUCAGACGACUCGCGGCGGAAGGAGCAAGCACGACACGCGACCAACGCCAGCGGCAGCAGCGGCCGCCGGGGGAGCCGCUGGCGGAGCCGGCGCGUGCAGUGGCGCCUGAUGGGGCUCGGGCUCGGCGGCGCCGGCGCGGCGGCGUGGGCGCUGGACCCGCGGGCGAGGUGGGUCCGGGACUGGAACCGCGCUUACCUGCUGGCGUGCGCGGCGGGGCUGAUGGUGGACCCGCUCUUCCUGUAUGCCGUGUCCCUGAGCGGCCCGCUCAUGUGCCUCUUCGUCGACGGCUGGCUCGCCGCCGCCGUCACCGCGCUGCGCUGCGCCGUGGACGCCAUGCACGUGUGGAACGUCGCCACGCAGAUCCGCCUCUGCGUCGCGCGCGGCGCCGGCGCCGCGCCGGGCAGUAAGCGCGUGGCCGGCGGCGCGGGCGACGAGGAACAGCAGCAGCAGCAGGGCGCCGAGGAGGACGACCAGGAGGCCGCGCGCAAGCUCCCCGAAGACGCGACACCCAGGAAAGGGUUGCUGCUGGACUUCUUCGUCAUCCUUCCCGUGAUGCAGGUGGUGGUGUGGGUUGCGGCGCCGGCGAUGAUCCGCGCGGGGUUGACGACGCCGGUGAUGACAGUGCUACUGGUGUCGUUCCUGCUGGAGUACCUGCCCAAGAUCUACCACGCCGCGCGCCUGCUCCGGCGGAUGCAGGGCCAGUCGGGCUACAUCUUCGGCACCAUCUGGUGGGGCAUCGCGCUCAACCUCAUGGCCUACUUCGUCGCCGCCCACGCCGUGGGCGCGUGCUGGUACCUGCUCGGCGUGCAGCGGGCCAGCAAGUGCCUGAAAGAACAGUGCCUCCAGGCGCCCGGGUGCGCGCGCGGCAGCGGCAGCGCGGUGGCCUGCGCGGCGCCGCUGUACUACGGCGGGUCCCCCUCCUCCGCCGGGAUCGACGGCAGCGGCGACAGGCUCGCCUGGGCCCGGAACGCGCAGGCCCGGGGCACGUGCCUGGCCAGCGGCGGCGACAACUACCAGUACGGCGCGUACUCGUGGACGGUGAUGCUGGUGGCGAACCCGAGCCGGGUGGAGCGGAUGCUGCUCCCGAUCUUCUGGGGCCUCAUGACGCUCAGCACGUUCGGCAACCUGGAGAGCACGACGGAGUGGGUGGAGAUCGUGUUCAACAUCGUCACCAUCACGGGGGGGCUCGUCCUCGUCACCAUGCUCAUCGGCAACAUCAAGGUGUUCCUGAACGCGACCACGUCCAAGAAGCAGGCCAUGCACACGCGGCUCCGCAGCGUGGAGUGGUGGAUGAAGCGCAAGAACCUGCCGCGGAGCUUCCGCGCCCGGGUGCGCCAGUUCGAGCGCCAGCGGUGGGCCGCCACGCGCGGCGUCGACGAGUGCCAGAUCGUGCGCGACCUCCCCGAGGGCCUCCGCCGGGACAUCAAGUACCACCUCUGCCUCGACCUCGUCCGCCAGGUCCCCUUCUUCCAGCACAUGGACGACCUCGUCCUCGAGAACAUCUGCGACAGGGUCAAAUCCCUCAUCUUCCCUAAGGGAGAAACCAUCGUUAGGGAGGGCGACGUGGUGCAGCGGAUGCUCUUCAUCGUGCGGGGCCACCUGCAGUGCAGCCAGGUGCUGCGGAACGGCGCGACGAGCAGCUGCACGCUGGGUCCCGGCAACUUCAGCGGCGACGAGCUGCUGUCGUGGUGCCUGCGCCGCCCGUUCCUGGAGCGCCUCCCGACGUCGUCGGCGACGCUGGUGACGCUGGAGAGCACCGAGGUCUUCGGCCUGGACGCCGCCGACGUCAAGUACGUGACGCAGCACUUCCGCUACACCUUCACCAACGACAAGGUGCGCCGCAGCGCGCGCUACUACUCGCCGGGGUGGCGCACCUGGGCGGCCGUCGCCGUCCAGCUGGCAUGGCGGAGGUACAAGCACCGCAAGACGCUCUCGUCGCUGUCCUUCAUCCGGCCGCGGCGCCCGCUGUCCCGCUGCUCGUCGCUCGGGGAGGAGAAGCUCCGCCUGUACACCGCCAUCCUCACCUCGCCCAAGCCCAACCAGGACGACUUCUUCUAG